GGAUCCUGGGAUUCGGUCUUUCCGGAAGGACGGGCUAGGUGUCCGAUCUAGGCCGCCGUUCCAGGCCCGAGCCUCGGUUCCAGGUCCUGCUCCAAGCCUAGCCAGUGGCCGUGACGACGCGGCGGGAGACAUCCGAGGACGCAGCGGAGGUGCGGAGCCCGGCGGGCAUCGGCGGCGCGCAGGCCGUGACGGCCCCUCCCCCGCCCUGAGCACAGCUGCGGCGGACGCCCGCGCGGCCCGGCCCCGGUGAAACGGUCCCGUAACUGCCUCGGGUUAUGACUCAGCCGCACCGCCGUCAGAUUUGAGCGGCGCUGCGUGGUCCUGCGGCGAGGCGGGCGUCCGUGGGCGCGGAGCGGUGCAGCGGCGGAGACUGCUGGCCCUUGCAUAGGCGGCCCCGAGUCAGCCCGGAGCGGCCUCUUUGCCACGUCGGCGGCCUGCGGCGAGCGCGGGGCGUUCACAUGAAGGUGUCUGUCGGGAGCGGCGAGAUGGGCGUCUCUGCCCACCUGCAGCCCUGCAAGGCGGGAACGACGCGGUUCUUCACCAGCAACACGCACAGCUCUGUGGUGUUGCAAGGCUUUGAUCAGCUCAGAAUAGAGGGGCUGCUUUGUGACGUGACUCUGGUGCCAGGCGAUGGAGAUGAAAUCUUCCCUGUCCACCGAGCCAUGAUGGCGUCUGCCAGUGAUUAUUUCAAGGCCAUGUUCACCGGGGGAAUGAAAGAGCAAGAUUUAAUGUGCAUUAAGCUUCACGGGGUGAACAAGAUUGGCCUGAAGAAAAUCAUUGAUUUUAUUUACACCGCCAAACUGUCCCUUAAUAUGGACAAUCUUCAGGACACCCUCGAAGCGGCCAGCUUUCUACAAAUCUUACCCGUUUUGGACUUUUGUAAAGUAUUUCUUAUAUCAGGCGUCUCUUUAGAAAACUGCGUUGAGGUUGGACGGAUUGCCAACACCUACAAUCUUAUAGAAGUGGAUAAAUACGUAAACAAUUUCAUCCUGAAGAACUUCCCUGCGUUGUUGAGCACGGGAGAGUUUCUCAAACUCCCUUUUGAGCGGCUUGCCUUUGUGCUUUCCAGCAAUAGUCUCAAGCACUGUUCGGAGCUUGAACUCUUCAAGGCAGCCUGCCGCUGGUUGAGGCUGGAAGACCCUCGGAUGGACUACGCCGCAAAAUUAAUGAAGAAUAUUCGGUUUCCACUGAUGACACCACAGGACCUCAUCAACUAUGUGCAGACCGUAGAUUUCAUGAGAACAGACAAUACGUGCGUGAACUUACUUCUGGAAGCAAGCAAUUACCAAAUGAUGCCGUACAUGCAGCCGGUGAUGCAGUCAGACAGAACUGCCAUUCGGUCUGACUCUACGCACUUGGUUACGCUAGGGGGAGUUUUGAGGCAGCAGCUGGUUGUCAGUAAAGAGUUGCGGAUGUACGAUGAAAGGGCACAGGAAUGGAAAUCAUUAGCCCCCAUGGAUGCUCCUCGCUACCAGCAUGGCAUUGCUGUUAUUGGAAAUUUCCUUUAUGUAGUUGGUGGGCAGAGUAAUUAUGACACAAAAGGGAAAACUGCUGUUGAUACAGUUUUCAGAUUUGACCCUCGCUAUAAUAAGUGGAUGCAGGUGGCAUCGUUAAAUGAAAAGCGCACGUUCUUUCACCUGAGUGCCCUCAAAGGACAUUUAUAUGCAGUUGGCGGGCGCAGUGCAGCUGGUGAACUGGCCACAGUAGAAUGUUACAACCCAAGAAUGAAUGAAUGGAGCUAUGUUGCGAAGAUGAGUGAACCCCACUAUGGCCAUGCUGGAACAGUGUAUGGGGGGUUAAUGUAUAUUUCAGGAGGAAUUACCCAUGACACUUUUCAAAAUGAGCUCAUGUGCUUUGACCCGGAUACAGACAAGUGGACACAGAAGGCUCCUAUGACUACAGUCCGAGGACUGCAUUGCAUGUGUACCGUUGGAGACAAGCUGUAUGUGAUUGGUGGCAACCACUUCAGAGGCACGAGCGAUUACGAUGAUGUUCUAAGCUGUGAAUACUAUUCGCCAACUCUGGACCAGUGGACUCCCAUUGCUGCUAUGCUAAGAGGUCAAAGUGAUGUUGGAGUUGCUGUAUUUGAAAACAAAAUCUAUGUCGUUGGUGGAUAUUCUUGGAAUAACCGUUGCAUGGUAGAAAUUGUCCAGAAAUACGAUCCAGAAAAAGAUGAGUGGCAUAAAGUUUUUGAUCUUCCAGAGUCACUUGGUGGCAUUCGGGCGUGCACUCUCACAGUUUUUCCACCGGAAGAAAACCCUGGGUCGCCUUCUAGAGAAUCCCCUCUGUCAGCACCUUCAGAUCAUUCUUAGAUCCAAGGGAAUACCUUUUCAGUGUGUCGUGGAGAUUCUAGUUCCCCUCCAGUUGUCUCUAUUACUACCGUUAAUAGACAAAAAGGUAACUUAGGGGUGUUUGUUUGUUUAUUAAAUGACUAACAAGUAUAUUCUGAAAAAUGUGUUAAAUGUAUUUAGCUGUUUAACAAGUGGAAAAGAUCUAUAAAAGUUGUCUUUUGUGGUGUUACAUGUCCGGUUGUAGGUGAUCAUAGUGGAUGUGUAAUUGUCGGUUAUGCUACAAAGUUGAAAGUUUUGAUUUGACUAAAACAUCAAAUGGAGGUCCCCUGUUAUAAACGAAGAUAUACAAGAUUGCCAAGGUUCAGCUACCUCCCUCUUGGAUAGUUUUUGACUGUUUGAUAAAUAGGCUAUGUGAUCACUCCUAGAAUAUAUUAAAUAUCUUAGGUAGAAAAAGUAGUAAAAAUAUUAGAAGAAACAGUCAGAAUUUGUUAUCUCACUGGAGAAAAAAAUUUAAAGUGUGUAUGCAGACAUGCUCACAUAAAAUUCAAGUGUACAUACAUAUAAACUUUUAGGAUUGAUAGAAACUCCUACUGUAGUGAAAAUGAACUAAUGUUUUCUUCCAGAAAGCAGCUAAUUUUAUUUCGAUGGAAAUUCAAUCCAGAGAGUUAGUGUCUAAAGUCCUAAGCAAAAUUCAGGUAGUUAAGGGCUACAACAAAUUGACAGCCAAAUUUGUCAUUUAAUGAGAUUGUUUCUUUAAAUGAAAUUUAAGUAGUUCUUCUGUAUACUCUGCAGUUACAUGUAUAUACGUUAUUUAGCAAAAGCCAAGUUUCGGAGAAUUAUUUUUUCUCAAUUUUUUCAUGAAAUUCGGCAAUGAAAGUUAAACAUUCUGAACAAAGCUAUAGGAUUUUGAGUUUGGCUUCCUGCCUUUGUCACUCUGACAUGCUUGUUGUCUGAUUCUGAGUGACUUCUGGUGCUGCAGCUGAUAAGCAUCCUGAGCUGUGUGAGCCCUCAAGGCUGAGGUCUGAGCAAACAGAUCCUGUUCCAUCAAAUCAGAAAUAGUCCUUUUCAGCCUUGACUCAAGACCCCCUAACAAGCCAGCUGGUUUCUUUAAGGCAGGGCUAAAGUAGACCUUCAGUCUUCAGUACUGUGGGAAUACUUUGUGGCUGAGAAUUACAGGGGAAAAUCUUAAAGGGACAAAUGGAAUUAUAGCGGUCCUUGGUAAUAAGUGAUACUGAGUAUGUGCUUUCCUGGAAAAGUAGUGCAACUGUAGGAGAAAAAAUGUGCAUACAUAGAUGUGAGUAUGGCCAGCCCUGGGAGAGCAGUGCCAUUGACCGUCUGUCUCUCAGUGGAAUGCAGACCAAGGGAAAGGGUUUGACUUCUGGAAUCUGAACUUUACUUAUGCCCAUACAAGGGUUGAUUUAUUUUAAUGCUGUUUAUGAUUUCUACAUUGACAGAAAUUUUCUUGCUUUCUGUGUUUUUGUAAUGACUCCAUUUUUUUUAUUACUUAGAUUAGACAUUGAAUACUUUUAGAAGUUAAGGUAAAAAUUGCUACUAACUGUGUAAUAUGUGUAUUGAAUAAACAAGAAGAAUGAAUGCUUAUGUAUUUUGAAUAGCUUCAUUUUUCUCUUUGGUCAAAUGUCCGUGUCCUUUUCCUUGUGGUACCUAUUAGAAUUGCCUUGUUUUUCAUAUCAAGUUACAAAAUUUCUUUAAUAAAAUUAUUUAACCGGUAUUUUGUUGUAUUGCCUCCUCCCCCAAGCUCUUAGUUUUACAAAUAGAGGCUGUUCAGUUCAUUUUUGAAACCAGAAUUGUCCCUUCUAUAUUUUGACCUUUGUGGAUAGCUUUCCUAUGGUUCAUUUUUUAACAUGGAAUUGAUAUAUUAUUUUUCAUGCUGACUCUGACAUGCUGAGAUGAUAUAGCACAGCCUGUUUUCUAUGCUUUUCCUUCUCUUGCUAAAAGAGCAUUUCUGCCUUCUUCUCAGUACAUUUGACAUUCUCGUACUGGAAUUAGCAAGUGCUCCUUAGCCAGGUAAGCCGACUGCUCCAUCUGUAUCACCCCAGUCUUAAUACACCUCUCCUUUUUUCUUCCCAGUGUUCGUUCUGUAGUUGGUCAUCUACACAUCAUUCAUGCAAGUAGCUGACUGAUACAAUGUAACUAUCACUAAUUAAACCUAGAAAACUCUUCUGAAGAUGGAAUUUUUAAGUGAGUUUGAAAUGACUGAUAUUUUCAUUGUGAACAUUUUUUCACAAUGAAAAUAUUUCAUUAUUUUUCAUUAUAAAUAUACUUUCAUAAAUCUAAUUUUUAAAAGACUGAACAAAGGGGUAUACAAGCAAAUAUCAUUACAAAACAUUUUUAACAGUUUUUUUUUCAGUAAAUUUUGAGUAUUUACAGGCUUUUCUGAUAUAAAAAUAAGAUUUGCCAUACAAAAAAGCAGGAAAAUAAAGCGAUAAAAUAAAAAUUAGCCUUGAUUUUACAUGCCAGCCAUAAUCUCUGUGAAUAUUGGGUUCAUGAUACUUACACAUUAAAAGACAAUGGCAAGUUUUAAUGCUGCCAAUCCAAGUUUUAAAGACAAACUAUUAUCACUAUGAUUUGCUUGGUAUUUCAUGUGUAGAUAUUAAAUGAUAUACGUGGGGUUUAUCUCUUAAUUGCCUCUCGUUGUGAAUGGCAGAUUCUGUUGGAAGUAGAGAAGCAGGAUUGUAUAUUUAAGACCAGUCUAGGCUGCAUAGUGAGACCCUGUCAAAAAACUAAAUAAAUUGCGUUUUCAUGCAGA